CCCACUCCCCAACCAUCUGCUAAUAAUGCAGCGCUACCUCCUUCUCCCCUCACUCCUACCGGAAAUAUUGAUGAUCCGGUGAAUCAGAUGGGAUGCGUGCCACGCCCGACAAUGGCUUGAAAAUUCGUGCACAAUUGGAACGUGAGGGUAUCAACGUACCUUCUUUAUCGGAACGCACGCCAUCGGCCAACUCAAAGAGCGAUCGAAAGAAAGUCAUCAUGGGCGCUGUAAUAUUUGUUCUGGAAAAUGCAGCCGACGCUCUUAAAUUCGUCCCGAUCCCAAAUCCCGAUGCAAUCCCGAAUUUGCUUCUCAAGUGGCUCAAAGUUUAUGAUACCGUUGGCGGAAACGACGAUGGUCUUAAGGAAUUGGGCAAUGACAUCCGAAAGGCUUAUGCCACCGUUUUGCAGCCACUCGAGCUGUCUGAACAAAUCCCCCCUGAAGUAGUUCGAUUGAUUGGAGGAUUUCACUCGGACCUAGAAGAGCAGAUAAAUGAGAUCGAGUUACUCAAAAGUCAACAUCUUGCAAAGAGAACCAUCCUAGCGGCUGAUAUUACGAAGAGGAUAAGCGGCGUGAGGACGUGCAUAAAUAAUGCCCUUAACUCCGUUUCGACUCAGGCAACUAUUUUAACGCUCCUUCGCGAAAUCGAGGCAUCGUCGCAAUUGACACUUGAGCGGCUACCGCGAGCCGCGGCCGAGCACACCUACGUGAAGAGCAAGUCAGCAUGCCGUCCAAGCACGCGCGUCAAGAUACAGAAAUCCCUUCUCAACCAUCUAAAAGAAGCCAAGAACCGAUUUGUCUGGCUCCGUGGGUCUCCUGAAAUCGGGAAGACGGCGAUAUCUAGGAGCAUCGCAUCCACGCUUGAGAAGGAAGGUACUCUGGCGGCGUCUUUCUUUUGGGAUAAAAGCCGAACGGGAGUGGGCCUCGAUUCUCUGGAGUGGUUUCCUUCUACCCUGGCGCGUCAGCUUGCAAUCUUCAAUGGGGACUUCAAGGCCUCGCUCGUCAAACGCCUCCGGCGGCCGGAUUCUGAGUUGAUUCUGAACCUCCUUCCAGAAGAGCAAAUGAAGACUUUGGUUAUCGAACCGAUGAACCGUCUCAGGGGCAUAUUUUCUGCAAGCACGCAACGCUUUGGCAUCAUCUUGGACGGUUUGGAUGAAUGUGGGGAUCCAGAUGCACUCAAAUCUUUGAUGAACCUCGUACUUCUGCUUGAUGGGCUACCUUCCGCCUUUGUCAUACUGACAUGGAUAAGGCUCCACCAGACGAGACUUUUGACACAAUCCGGCUGAUGGUAGAGGAUGGGCUCAAGGACUGCAUGAAGCAGUGGGAACCAUCAUCGGGCGAUCUCGAUGCGUUCACUUCAGCUUGCCGUGGUUUGCCUGGUAUGGCCUCGAUCCGAAUACGCGAGGUUAAGUUUCGGAUUACAAGAGGGUCCGACCUUAAAUCGGAGUUUGAAUACUUUCUCAAACUCCCAUAUACACCUACGAACCUCAACAUGGAGUACUUGCGAAUUCUGCGACGAGCCUUCGGGUCCGAUCCCGAUCCACACAUACAGAAGAAUUAUCGCGAAGU